UCGCUAUCAAUAUACCCAAGCUCAGUGAGGAGGCGAAGUCAAAUGGCGAUUUUAUGCCAUACGUGCGUGGCGCUAAGCUACCUGGCGAUUUCGAAGUGGAGAGUGUACACUUCCAUUGGGGCGAUAAGAACAAUCGUGGCGCUGAGCAUGUGAUCAACGACAUCCGUUAUACAAUGGAAAUGCAUAUUGUGCAUCGCAAUAAGAAAUAUCCAACACUUGGUGAUGCGCUGGAAUUUGCCGAUGGUGCUGCUGUGCUGGGAUUCUUUUUCAAUUUAGAUGAGGAUGAAGGUGCAGGAUUAACAACAAUAUGUCGUCAUUUGCAUUUGAUACCGGAAGCGAAUGAUGCUGUCAAUUUAACAGUUACCUUUUCUCUCGCAUCCUUGAUUGCUAAUGUGGAUGUGGAUAAAUUCUAUACUUACAAAGGUUCACUCACAACGCCCCCCUGCUCGGAGGCCAUCACAUGGGUGCUCUAUCCCGAUCCCAUACCCAUCUCACCCAAACAGAUUGCACGCUUCCGCCAGCUGCAAGAUACACAAGAUGGUGCGUUGGUGGAUAAUUAUCGGCAAUUGCAGCCGGUGGGUAAUCGUCGCGUUUUUAUGCGUAAUGGCAAUACGAGGCAUACGCAUGUACAAGCUUUGAAGCAGGAAUUGGACUAUAAGAAAUGGGAUUGGUAUAAUUGAUUUGUCAUAAGCAAAUUAUUUGGAUAGCGUACUCGUUCCACAUUAAGCGUCCAUUUGUUUUUGUAAUCGAUCCUUAGUUAAUUAAAUGUUUAAUUUAUUAUUUGUGUACUUAAUUGCCCUGACGUAAUUUUAGUAUGCUUAGAAUGUGCAUUUACUCACUUUGUAUAUAUGUAUGUAUGUAUGUAAGUAGUUGCAUGUAAAGUUUUAUAAUUCUAAAUAAACAUACAUAUACGACUGAAAUGCUCAUAAGUAUUCACAUUUG